CAAUUUUUGGAUCAAUCAUCUCCCUUCUAAUCAUCCCAUCAACAAAUGGUAAAACCCUAGAGGAAAUUCAAGCAAUGAGAAAUCCGGAUAUGAAACAAAAACUCGAUUUGGAAAGAUGUGAGAAAAAAAAUUUCGAAAGUAAUUUCUAGAACACUGGAAAAAAAGAUAAAGUUUUAUAAAUAGCAGAAAUGAUAAAAAAACAAGAAAGUUCAAGUUCAGAUACAAAUUCAUUGUCAAACAGUUUUAGUAAUACCAUCAACAAUAUGAAGAAUAAAAUUUUGACUAAAUUUUCAACAAGAGGAAAAUGCCAAAUGCAGUACAUUGCUUGUUUUAGUGGUUCGUUGGCUACUGCGGCGUGUUUGAUAAACACCUCCUGGACUUCGCCAGCAGUUCCAUAUUUAAAGAGCGGCGAAUCAAAAUUCCCGGUCACGGACACACAAGGCGCUUGGAUUGUGUCACUGUACAAUUUUGGUGAUAUAUUCGGAACACCAUUAACUCUCUUAUUUCUCGAUCGAAUUGGAAGAAAGUACACAAUGCUUCUGUACGGCAUACCGGCAAUAACAUCAUGGCUACUAAUUAUUUUCGCAAACAAUUUUAUCGAUCUCUAUAUCGCUCGUUUCAUUGGUGGUAUCGGUCAUGGCUUCGUUAUAAGUACAACGGUUAUUUAUCUCGCUGAAAUUUCCGAGAAGGACUCGAGAAUAACACUAUUCACAAUAAUGAGAGUGACCGGAAGUUGUGUUGGUUUUGUGGCAACGACAAUUGGAUCACUACUGUCUUACGAAAUUUUAAAUAUUACCUGUCUUAUAGUACCAAUUAUUUUUCUCCUCUUAUUUUCUUUUAUGCCGGAAAGUCCCUAUUAUUUGCUACUAAAGGGCAAUGAAGAGGAGGCAAUAAAGUGUCUUAUAAAAUUACGCGGAAAAACGGACCAAGCACUAAAUCGAGAGUCUUUGGAAAAUGACAUUGCAGAAAUGAAACUGAACGUCGAGGGAAUGAAUUUUAAAAUCAGUGCCUUUAGGGAAUUGUUGUAUCAGAAAAAUAAUCGUCAAGCAAUGUUGGUUGUGUUAUUCAUGAAAAUCACCCAAUUCAUGACGGGGAAUCUAAUAAUCCUUGGUUAUGCAGUCGAAAUUUUUGAAUUUGGCGGUUCAUCCGUAAAAUCCGGUACAGCUGCAAUUAUUCUAGCCGGAAUUCGAUUAAUUUCUUCCCUACUUUCUGGAUUACUACUAAAUGCCAUGGAUAUAAGGUCUAAUUUUCUAAUUUCCGGACUAUUGGGUGCAUUAUGUAUGUUUACGUUGGGGAUUUAUUUUUAUAUGAAACACUUGGGUGAAAAUGUUUCGUCAUUCUCGUGGCUACCACUGACGGCACUCAUUAUUUUUGAAUUGAUCACCUAUUUGGGUAUUGCGAUAAUACCAUUUAUUCUUCAAGGUGAAUUAUUUCCCAUGCAAGUGAAAGGUGUUGCCGGUGUUUUUGGAACAAUUGUCGGUUCAAUUUGUACAUUUGCAAGUACCACAGGUUAUAAUGCAUUGAAUGAUGCUGUUGGUUUUCAUGCGUCAUUUUGGCUCUUUGGUUUCACCAGCUUUUUCGGAUCACUUAUUACAUAUUCCAUUACACCCGAGACAAGAGGCAAAACACUUGAGGAGAUACAAGCAAUGAAUAAUCCGGAAAUAAAGAAAAAAUUAUAUUUAGUGCGAUUGAGGAGAUUAGAUUCGAACAUGAGUACCACACAGUAUUAAAAUUUUAUUGCUGUAAAGAGGAUUUUUUUACCCAUUUAGAUGGCGGGUCACUUUUUAAAAACCUGAAGGAUUUAAUUGAAACUUUUAACUUUGGGGGUUUUUGGGACCCAAAAUAAGAAUUUGACAACAGAUUUGCAAAAUUCAAAAUGGCGGAUGAUCCAACAUGGCGACAAUUUUAAAAAAUCAACGGAUUCGCCUAAAAAUUGUUACUCGGGGGUUUUUGGGGUCGCUGAUUACGAAACUGAUAUCAGAUUUAAAAAAAUUUAAAUAGCGAAUCUAAUAUAACGACCAAAAUGUUUAAAAUUUUAUUACAUUUGAUUGAAACCCAUUAUUUCAAAAGACUUUUUUACACAUUUUGAUUAGAAUACCACAAAAAACUGACAUGCUAGUCAAAUUAUAAAAAUAAACAAUUUUUCAUGACAUGUAAAAUUAGAUAUUUAUAUAAUUUAAAUACCAAUAGAGAAAUAAAGAACAAUUUGGAGGCAAGAGCACAAUGCAACAGGAAAUAAAGUUAAAUAACGUUACAACUUUCAUUCAAGUCGAAUUACUAUAACACGUGAAGACUGAAUUAGUCAAGGAUAGUUACUGUAAUAGAUAGCGUCGAGUCGAUCUCAAUUGUAUUCUAAUGUAUCAUUAAAAUAAUUUAUUUUCACCUAAA